CUGCCAAACAGGGAUGUAAGGGACGGCUCGCCAGACUAGAUCGUCUCAUCCGCAAAGGAUUCGAACCCCGUUGUUACUGACUACAUGCAAUAUUCCUCGGGUCUUUCUCGCUCUCGACGUAUGUUCCCUUGCAGGGCGAUAGAGACGACGUGCGCCGACCAUAAUCAAGCCUAAGUGUGGUCUGCAGAUUGUGAUGAAUGAGAGACAUAGGUUGCCCGCAUGCACGUUGCGUGCAUGUUACUGUGUGUCUGUUCAAACAGUAUGCUCGAGUAUGCGCUUACUGUGCCAUUGGCGAACUUAUCACUGUUUUCGUCAAAGGAAAAGUGUCCUGAAAAUGCAGCUACUACAGCUUGAGUUCAGCCUUCAUGCUAUAGGGACGUACGUAUGAGGCAUUGUUUUUACUUGCCCCAGCACGUUCCUUCCCUUCUUGGUGGAACGCUCGGGCAACUUAUUCCGCUCCUUCCUCUCCUGCAAAGUCAGCGCUGGAUCAUCGUGGCGAUUCACGUCUACAUCAUGCAACAGCCCUUACGCAAACCAUGCAACAGUAAGCAAGACAAGUGCAAUGAAUCCGACAGAAACCACAACCUCAACCCAGCAGCAUGCAGUUUUCAGUCCAAGCUACACCUGCCCGGCGCCUCCCCUCAUGAACUGAUCAUGCAAGAAAGCCUUCGCCACCUCAUCACCGAAGUCAUCGAGCUACGAGAGCGGUGUGAGAGCUCAGAGGUCGCGAAUGCGCAGCUCUUGGAUCGUAUGAACGCACUUGAGCAAGCAUUCUGUGAUCAGAUUGCCCAAGCACCGUUGACCAGAGCAAAUCUAACCGGAUACGCGUCGUCGGAGGGUUCCUCUGGUGACGAGACAGUUGCAGCGCCAUACGGCAGCGCAGCCAAUAACGAGCGAUUCAACGCCGUGGCGCUGAUUCUAGAGCAAUACGACAAGCGCCUCGAGACAUAUGCUGCAAGCCAAGCAGCUCUGGAGAGACAGGUCGCGGAACUGAACGCGUACCAAAAGAGCUCCCAAGCACUCUUUCGGUCGCUGAAGCUGGAGCUUGAUGGUGACCUCGACACCCGGAGGACAUUGGGUUCGGUCAGCAGCAGCCUAGAAGGCGAAGGGAGUACUCCGCCGAGCACAGUCAAAAGCAAGCAGACGGACGGUGCAAGCGUUGUGAAGGCCGCUCCAGCAACUUCGAUCUUUUGGUGAAGGCCGAUUGUCAAAUUACACAGAUAUCAAGCAGUAGAAUAAUGUGGGUCGAAGUGUACUCUUUCGCCUCUCUAUGGUAACGCGAUACGAAUUGGCAGAGUCAG